AUGAAUUGCGUAUCCGAUAACCGUAUUUUCGGUCUACGCAAAUUCGCUAGUCGCGUCCGCACAACAACGCUUCAUCAGACUUUGCCCUUCGCUCACCAACCAACUAUGAGCUAUAUUUUUCCUGACGACGACUUCAACUCCAACACGAAUCACAUCAAUAGCAGUGGGCCUGCUUAUUUCAUGGCUGCGGGAACUCUCAAAAUUCCAACAACUGACCCUCCUGAUGCGUUUGGUGGAAAUGCGCGCUCAUUUGAUGAUAUCGACUGGGAGGACCUGUCUCUUUACACGAUGCCAUUGUCAAAGGAUGAAUUGGAGGCCAUCAAUACGGGGACCUCGACUCUCGCAGACCCGUCACCUGAUGCAGAUGAAUCUGCGAUUCCAUCUCGCACGCCAUCACCUGAAGGAAACUUAAGGUCAGAUCCUCUUCAUAAUGCAAAUUCAUCUACCUGGGCAGCACGUAACCCGACCCAUGCCACAAUCCAUCCACGGACCCCACCCCACCGGCUAUCAGAUGCUCAAAAAGCAUCUCGAAAGAUUAAGAGGGACCAAAAGACAGAGGCGUCAAAGGACUUACACAAUGCUCUAACCAUACACCUGGACGGCCACAAAAUGAAAAUAGAUUCCCUCGCGCGUGCUCACAACGUCACUCCCAAGUAUAUCGACGACUUGAUUAGCAAUCACACGAAGUUUCACACAUCACGCAAGGUCCAGUUGAGUAACGCCCUCGUCCACGCCAAGGCCAAGGAGAUGAACUCCGAUCAACUUGCCGGCUCUCGAUAUACCUUAGUCGAGCUACGCAAGAUGGUCGACGAUGACUCUCGGAUUAAAAAACUGACAAAGGACGAAAAGGCUAGUUAUAUCACGGCUCUCGAGGAGCAUCGCAAGCAGAAGGUAGCUAGUGUGCGAGGAAACAAUAUCGCUGCUGCAAGAGAUGUUCUACUCACAACGGAAAGAAUUGUCAAAGAGCUCAACGACUUACGUGUUCGCACCGGGACCUACGCGACUUUAUUUGUUGUUCACGGACACGUCAAUGACACCAUUCAAAGCUCGAUGCAUGGUACAGACAAUUCAGAAGACUUCUGGGAAGAUGUGUACGACCUUCCGAUGGCUGACUAUCUUCGACAGUAUGAACAGUGGGCGUGUACACAAAAUCAAAAUCUAAAUGAGCGCGAUUCAUUAGAACUCGUGCGCAAGCAAGUUCGAAAACUGAUUAUCCGUGGACUGAUUUCGGUGACCGGCAAGAAAGAUAUUGCCAUGAACUACAAGAACUACAAGACUGCAGUCGUCGAAACCUAUGCUGUCCAGCUGAUAGGAUGGCCCUCCAGCAUUCAGUUCGUCAGCAACAUUCGCAAGCUUCGAGACGCUCUCAAAGCUCGAACAUGCUACUGGGCUCCCCUUACAUCAGCCGAGGUCAAAGCUCACACAGCAGAACUGGACACACGCCGUUCUGCAGGCGAAGUGGUUCGGCAGCCACGCAAAAAGCGUUCCAACGCUGGCGUCUCUCGCAAGCGCAAGCCUUUGCCAAUUGCGAACAAAGAGAACGACAGACCCCCCAAGAAGGUAAAAAGGAACUCUGCGGGCCAUCAUGAUGGUCCCAAAAGCGCAGAAUUUAUUGAGUCGUCUGACGAGGAAGAGGCUGAGGACUCAUAG